AUGGCCGCUGUGACUGGUAGUAGUAAGAGACCAGAACUGUCUAAAGCUGAGUACUUAAAACGUUAUUUAUCCGCUGAUGAAGAUACCAAGAAGUCAAAGGGAAAACUUAAAAAGAAACGGCGCAAGGUUCCUGAGAAAGGACUUAAGAUAGUAGACGAUGACAUAGACUGGAAACAGAUGGUCAAACAGGAGGAGGAGAUUGAAGAAGACGAAGAGGAAGCUCCAGUGAUUGCAGAGGUGAUUGAUGAGAGACCAGAGGAAGUGAAACAGCUGGAAGCCUUCAGAACCAGCAAUCGAUGGAAAGUGAUUGGAGCUGAUGGAAAUGAAGACACAGAAGAGGGGGAAGGAAGAGGCCAUCAACAUCCAGAGCCCGUGGCAUCAAGCAGGAGUCGCCAUGAUUCGCCAGAGCUGUCGUCAAAGAGAAGGGGACCUGAUUCUCCAGUCAGAAAGACUCGACACGACUCACCAGACACAUCUCCUCCGAGAAGAGGUCGCCAUGAUUCUCCAGACAUAUCCCCUCCCAGAAGAGGCCGUCAUGACUCACCAGACACAUCCCCUCCCAGAAGAAGUCGCCAUGACUCUCCAGACAUAUCUCCUCCCAGAAGAGGUCGCCAUGACUCGCCAGACUUGUCCCCUCCGAGGCAGAAGUCAGGGAAAUUAGGGAAGGGGCAAAGUAAAGAUUCAUCCCCCACCAGAAGAAAGCAAAGCUCAUCAUCAUCAAGUAAAAAACAUUCACCUGAUCGUCAUAGGUCACCACUGGCAAAGAGGGCUCAGAACAGGCAUGAUUCAGAGUCUGACCAGUCGCCUCCACGAAAAAAGCCACUAAAGGGAGAAGCUUCUGACUCCGACCAAUCUCCUCCACGGAAGCAAUCAAAAACAAGACGAGGCUCUGAAUCUGACCAGUCGCCACCCAGGAGGCGGCCACACAGUGGAAAGGACUCAGAUGAAGAUCUGUCACCGCCUCGUAGGCCUGGCCAGUCACAGGGUCAGAGGAUGCUUUCUGGUGGGAAGUCAGGUCUGGUUUCUGUGGAUGUUUUAAGGAAAGAGAAGGAGGAGAACCGACGCAGAGAAAGAGGGAACCAGCCACUAGAAGAUGAAUCCCGCAAUGCCCAGACGGUGUUUCGAGACAAGAGCGGUAAAAGGAGGGAUUUGGAUACAGAGAGAGAAGAACAGAAAAGGAAAGCUGGAGAAAAAGCAGCAAAGGAUGAGAAAUACGCUCAGUGGGGGAAAGGGUUGGCCCAGAGCCAGAUGCAUCAGCAGAAACUUGAGGAUGCACUGCAUGAAGCCCAGAAGCCGCUGGCACGUCACUGCGACGACGAGGAUCUUGACCGCAUGUUGAGAGAGCAGGAAAGGGAGGGGGAUCCGAUGGCUGCAAUGCUCAGACGGAAAAAGGAACGCAAUACAAAGACACAAGAGAAACCUCGAUAUAAAGGCCCAGCACCACCUCCAAACCGCUUCAAUAUUCUACCAGGCUAUCGCUGGGAUGGGGUUGACAGGUCAAAUGGUUUUGAACAGAAACGCUACAAUCGGAUGGCAGAUAAAAAAGCUGUUCAGGAGGCAGCCUAUAAAUGGAGCGUGGAGGACAUGUAACGGGCAAACAGAAAGUGAUGGCGCAGCAGUGAAGCAGCCGAAGAGCAGGACAGCUCAUCCUCUGUACAACUAGUCUAAUGGAAAUUGAGACAGAAUAUCUAAUUCAUGCUGUUGAAACAACUGCGGAAAUGACAUUUUGAGAUAUACCAAGACAGAUUUAGUUCUUGUUUGUUCUUUGAUUCUAAGCAGUUUGAUACUGUACAAUGGGACAUGAGGUCAUAGCUAACUGAUAAUUUACAAACAAACUGUACAUAGCAGUGAAUUACAGCAUCUUUAUGAUUUUGUAGUAGUUGAAACAAUGUGGAGGUAAAAUAGAUGUUUUUCACUGUUUUAUUAAAUAAUGUUUUUGUAAAUUGUGUCACCAGUGUUCAUAUAUAUAGCAGUGCAGUUUGCAAUUUACAGAAAUUGAGUUUAUAUAUAUAUGAAAAUAGUUUUGGAAGGAUUUUUUCUUUAUUUGUUUUGAAUUGAGGGGGCUGCCAGGAUUAAAACUUUGUUUAAUACAUGUGCAACUAACAAUAUAAUAUCAAAUAUAAUGGGAUUAGAUGGUGUUCGUUGUGUGUUGCUCACAAAAAAAAAAAAAAAAAAUUGGGAAAAAAACUCAACAGUAAUGUGUCUUUCUGGAAAUCAUGACCUGGUACUCAAGAUAAUCCACAGAUUUUGUUGUGAGCACUUUCAUGUAGGAACACUUUUACAAAUGGAUAAAUGCUACACUACGGUUAUGAGGAAAGAUGAUGUAUUUUUGAUUUGGGGUUGAACUGUCCCUGUAAAUCAAAACGUCAUUUAUUGGCCCUGCGGCUGCAAAUUACAUAGGAUUACUUAACAGAGGGCAUAUAAAUAUAAAUGUAUAUAGUUAGUGGGCCGUUAGGGGGGGUUGUGUUGUUAAGGUCAAGAACGAACUUUCAUGUUUAAGCUUAUAUGGACGAGAAGUCCUAAAAGUGCUAUGGAUGAAAUAACAGCUGCUGAGCUCAUGUCUCAGGGCAGCCAUCUGUUGAGCCAGCGCUGAAUGACUGAAAACUCCGCAAUAAACUAGCUAGUGGGCCUUGACUUGGGAGUGAAGUUAUAUAAUAAUUUUGUAUUUCGCAGAAUCAGACUAUACAUAUUUUUAUGAAAUGCUUUUCAUUUUGUUGCGCUUUGUAAAUGCUGUAUUGUACAACCUGUAAUGUUUUCAUUAAGCCAAUAUAUAUUUUAAAUUGCAAAAAUACUUUAUGCAUGUUCAGUGCAAGAGA